CUGUUUAGCUGACGUAAACGUUAGCUAGCUAACGAGACGGUGCGCAGAUUGAGCAGUUGCAGUUUCCUUCUGGACGGAACAGGUGCAUCUCGUUCACGAUGAGAGAUUUGCCUCUGCUGAUAAAGACACAAACCUUCACGAGCAAUGAAUACGAAAAGGCUACAAAAGGAAUUAUUAGCCCUUCAAAACGAUCCACCCCCAGGAAUGACGCUCAAUGAAAAAAGUGUACAGAACACCAUCACACAGUGGAUUGUAGAUAUGGAGGGAGCAUCCGGAACACUGUACGAAGGAGAGAAAUUUCAGUUGCUUUUCAAAUUUAGUAGUCGAUAUCCCUUUGAUUCACCUCAGGUAAUGUUCACAGGAGAGAAUAUACCUGUCCAUCCUCAUGUGUAUAGCAACGGUCACAUCUGUCUAUCUAUUCUAACGGAGGAUUGGUCGCCCGCCCUCUCAGUGCAAUCCGUUUGUCUUAGCAUUAUCAGCAUGUUGUCCAGCUGCAAAGAAAAGAGACGACCGCCUGAUAAUUCGUUUUAUGUAAGAACGUGUAACAAAAAUCCAAAGAAGACAAAAUGGUGGUAUCACGACGAUACAUGCUAAUGUACAAACUUUGUAAUAAUCGUACAAGAAAGAAGCCCUACUGACCUACAUAAAAAGCACUUUUUAAUCAUUCAGUCUUUGAGCUCUGACCUUUGACUGGAACAGUGGACACCAUGCGCUGGAGGCUCUUGACUGCACCCCCCCCCCCCCCCCCCCCAUCCCGCAGACAGAUGGAUGCAUGUUUUAGUUGGUUGUAUAAUAGCAAAUACGAAAAUAAUCGGAAGUUCAAAUGCACCCAAGAAGGAUUUUUUUUCAGCGGUGAAUUAGAAACGCGGGGAGCAAACAAACAAGCAACAAAGCAAGCACGGUGGAUUUGUCGUGAGAUAAUUUAUAAUUCCUGUUUUAAGAUCAUUACUUUUCCUUUUCCUUUUGUGUAUGGGUGCAUUUUAAGGUCCUUGUGUUGUGCAAUAAUAACUGAUGGAUGCAUGCUUGGGCCUGCAAAGAGAAAUCCAAAUUGAAUCGUUUUCUGGAAGGGAUCGGACCAUCAUAACUCCCAAGGAAAUGCUUCAUCUGUUUUCUUUUUUUUUCUUUUGGUUUUAUUUUUUUUUAAAUAUAUUAUAAUAUGCACUGUGAAAGUAUCUAUUAAGAAAAGGCACUAUUAGUUCAUUGUCCUCAACUUGCCGUUGUUUUGUAAGCGGUCCUCCGUAUAUUUAUCAGGUUUAAAGGGUUUUAAUUUGUAACCACUGUAUCAAAAGUACACAAAUUUCCUUCUUCAUCUUCCAACAUGAGACCUGGUUGCACUUCUUCCUGCUGUUUGGCAGAACGGCGGCACAGGAAUAAAACUAGGCUGAGCUUGUGUUGUGUUCACUAGUCCAGCCACGGAGAAUGCGCAGUGACCUCUUCUAUUUAAAGAAUGUCUGCGAGAGACCAUUGUUGAGUGAUCCGUUAUUAUUUGUAAAAUACUUCUUUUUUUUCUUUUUUUAAACUCAUGCUUUAAUCUUUUAAUGUCUUGACUCUUUUUUGUACUUUUCAACUAGCUGAUACUUUGAAAGGGGGAGGCUGUUUUGAUGGGUCAGUAUAUUUCUGAGUUGUUUUUUUUUUUAAUUUGUAUGUUAUUUAAUUUAAAUCUUUGUUCCAUCUUCAGAACGUAAAUGAAUGAUAAAAAGGAGAGUCGUAGAGACGAGGGUUUUGUGAUUCCCCUGGUCAGAGUUUUUGGCUCAGGUACUUUUUUCAAUAAAGAGGUCACCUCUAAAAAGAUACCGAUUAAAUAUUUUGAAUUUAGCUAUAUUUUCACCAAAAGAGACUGUUAUGUUUUAAACUGAUAACAUGUCUGAAACUAUUGUAUAUACAUCUUGGAAUUGUUGGAUGAUGUGAAAAACAAAUUAGCAGAGGAUGCAUUUACUUUAUAGCAGAAUGAUAAUAGGAGUGCUUUAUUUUAUUGGACAUAAAUCUGCAUCUUUUGCUAAUUGAGUGUACAGUUGGCAGCAAAUACUUCUGUUGGUUUAAAAAAAUGUUAUGUAGUUUUACAGUGGGGAUGCAUGCAAUUUUAAACCCUACUUUUUCUUAUUGGCAUCAGAUAUUGUGACAACUUUAAGUCUUUCCAUAACUUAUUAUAAUGGUUUAUUGGAUGGACUUUACAAACCUCCAGAUGCUCUUUGUCAUUUAAGACUGUAAUCACUCCAUUCCUAUAGAGAUGUUUAUCGCCAUCCAGUCAGAGAUACUUGAAUUUUUCCAUCAUUGGUUUGUUUGUGUUUUUCCUUUUUUUUCUUCUUCCAGGGUCUAGCUGAGUUUCUUGAAUGAUCUCGGGUGAAUGUGAUGAUUCUCUACUCCGUAGAGGAGAUUACCACAGCACACUUGCUAUCUCAGAACUACAUUGAUAACUUAAAAGUAGUCUAUUUAACCAAUGGUUUGUUUCUAAGAAAAAGGAUUAUUAUUAUUAACCUCAUUGUAAUGUUCUUGUGCACCGCCACUGUGCUGUAAGGAAAGGACGGUCAGUCCAAAACUAAAAUUGUGUCAGUGCAGUCACAACAGCAUUCGUGUGGGGACACAUAGAGCAGUAGAGAUUUUGAAAAACUUGCAACUGAAUAUGUUACAAGAGUUUGGAUGUGACACGUUAUUUUUAUUUUGUUUUACUUUUCAAUGUGGUUUGAACUCUUAGCUUGCAGGUUUUUGUGAGUGAUCAACACUAAUGAGGGUGUGUUAUUUAUAUUUAAAAUUUUGUUCUGGGAUGUGCAAGCUCCAUGUAAUAGGUGCCUGUUCAUUUUCAUAAUCAAUAAUAAAAGCAAAGAUUCACUUUUA